CGAGUAUAAAGGGGAGCGGCAUGGAGGCUUGAUCGACAAGUGAAGCAGCGCACCAAAUCCUGAGCACCCUCCACGUCGACGCAAUGCUGUUCCAUCCUAAUCCGCUCGUCCUGGCUGCCACGUUCUUGGGCCUGGUGAGCGCCUCGCCGCUCGAUGCCCGAGCUGCUGACCCUUUGUGCGUUGUGGUCACCAAAGCAGUCAGCCUCCUCAAGCAACAAGCAGCGGCGACACAGUACUGCGCCUCGUACCUGUCGAUCACCACUCCACCGGCCGUGGUGCAGACGGUCUAUGUCGCCAGCCCAACCACCGUCACAGUGUCGUACCUGCUGAAUUGCGAGACUACCCCAGCUCCUGCCAAGAGGCAUGAUCCCGCCGGAUCGGAACCAAAGCACGCGCGGGAGGCGCCGGACGGUGCUCCACGCGCCGCACCACAUCUCGGACAGCACCAUGACGAGCGCGCAGUCGCCAAGCCUGCCUGCCUCUCUGCAUUCAAUGUUGCGUCUGCCAUCUCGUCGGCCUGCAAUUGCUUAGCUAUCACCACCCCUACAGCCUCGACUAGCAUCGCGAGCCUUCUGGCGCACCAGGUCACGAGCACCACAACAACGACUGUGCUGGAGACAUCGUACACAUUCAAAGUCUACGACGAGAAUAAUCGUUUCGCCAAAUUCGUUGGUGGCGACGCCACGGCCCCCGAACCCUUUGCCUUUGUCGGCACCAGCGAUACUGCGACAAAGUUCAAUUUCUUCUUCAGCCUCGGGACAGGGUGUAUCAUGUCGACCAGCAGCUUUACCCUUAUCGUGCCUGGCUUUACUGCCAAUGACGGAGGCGGUCUGGCUUUCGCCCCGCGGGGUACCACGAGCAACCAGCAGACUGGCGAGACGGUGCUGGGAAAGGUCGAGCGCGCCACGGGCAAGUUGACCCUGUAUACAUCUACUUCGCCCGUCUUCUCAUCAGAGUCGGCCGACUCCAACAAUUUCUGGAAUGUCUGGAGAACCGCGGCGAAGAGCAGCCAGAGUGGUCAGGUGUCGAGUAAUCUCCGCGUGGUGGUCAUAUAACUGGACAAGCUCUUGAGAUGCUGGUAGUCUUGUGAAGGCUGCGUCGUUUGUUUCAACGUCCAAGGCUACCCUGCCAGUCGGUGGUAACGCAGGUUGUGAUGAUGGUGGACUGCCCUCGGUACGGUCUGCAUCUGUGACAGGCUGGACGUGGUUGGUCAACACCAUCAACUGUACGGGAUAUCGAUGCUAAUGAUGACGGCGAGGGAGGUUGUUACUUGGUUGUGAU